AUGGGGACGCUGUCCGUGCGGAGCGCGGCCAAUAGGAAAGGCCGUGUAGCGGGCGCCAGAGGCUGGCCGGCCAAUGGGGAGCGCGGGGCGCUCGGGCGCGGCGGGGUGGCCAUGGCAGGCGCGAUGGCGGCGGGCGGCCCGCGGCAGUGCCGGCGGCUGGAGGGAGAGGUGGCGCGGGCCGUGCUCGCCAACGCCGACACGCUGCUCUUCGACUGCGAUGGCGUCCUGUGGCGGGGCGAGGCGGCCGUGAGCGGCGCGGCGGCGGCGCUGGGCCGGCUGGCGGCGGCGGGCAAGCGGCUGUGCUACGUGACCAACAACAGCGGGCGGACGCGCGUGGCCUACACCGAGAAGCUGCGGCGCCUCGGCUUCCCGCCCGCCGAGCCCCGGCACAUCUUCGGCUCGGCCUUCUGCGCCGCCCGUUACCUGCGCCAAGCGCUGCCGCCGGGCGCCGCCGCCUACGUGCUGGGCAGCCCCGCGCUGGCCGCCGAGCUGGAGGCCGUGGGGAUCCCGCACCUCGGCCCCGGGCCCGCCGCCCUGCCCGGCCCCGCGCCCGCUGACUGGGUGCAGGCGCCGCUCGACCCCGCCGUGCGCGCCGUGCUCGUGGGCUUCGACGAGCACUUCAGCUACGCGAAGCUGUGCCAGGCGCUGCGGUACCUCCUGCGCGGCGGCCCCGACUGUCUCCUCGUCGGCACCAACCGCGACCACCGGCUCCCGCUCGAGGGCGGCGCCGCCAUCCCCGGGACAGGAUGCCUGGUGAAGGCCGUGGAGACGGCGGCGCAGCGCGAGGCUUUCAUCGUGGGCAAGCCCAACCGCUUCAUGUUCGACUGCGUGGCCAGCGAGUUCGACGUGGACCCCGCGCGCACCAUCAUGGUGGGGGACCGGCUGGACACGGACAUCCUGAUGGGCAACAACUGCGGCCUCACCACGCUGCUCACCCUCACCGGGGUCACGGCGCUGGAYGAGGUGCGGGGCCACCAGGACAGCGACUCUCCUGCCAGGCACAGCCUGGUCCCUGAUUACUACGUCGACAGCAUUGCCGACCUGCUCCCGGUGCUGGGGGAGUAACGGGGUGCAGGGAGCAGCCCUGGUAAUCACCCUGUGACAGUAACAUACGCACUAGAUACUUCCCGGAGCUAGAACCCUUAGCUUUUCACCUCUCUGUCUUCUCRGUAUGAUUCUGUUUACAUCUCAGUCUGAAAUGCACUUUGGAACUAAGGGGGCAUUACAGUGGCACCUGGGGCUGGGGCUUGGGGCUGGGUUUAAUUGUAAAUGCAUUGAUUCAAUGUACAGGGUCCUCUGGGCUGAGCUGGGGAAGUGGAGCUGGUUCAUCUGAGGAGAAGGACCAYGUCUGGGCCAUGGCUCAGCCUGGUUUGUUCAGGGUAACGACUCUUGGGAUGUGCAGUAACCCUGGUUAUGUUUGGAAACACUUGUGGAGCUGGUGUUUGCCCAUGGGGUGAUUCAUUUUUCUAAAUGGGGCCCUGUUCAGGGGCACAGCCCCACAUCAGGUCACACAAAUUCAUGUUCUUCGUUUGACCACUGCACAUUGCACUUGUGAUGCAGAUUGGGAUGAYCCCACACAGUUCCAAACGUGGCUGCUGCACACAGUGUCUUCCAAGGUUGAGUGUGUGGAAAGCACAUGUACACACAGGCACUCCCUGAGCAUAAAGAUAGAGCAGAAUAUAUUUAAAUUAUAAAUAGAGUCUAUGAUAAUAUAUCUUAUUUCCCAGGAGACAGGAUGAGAGGAAUGUACUUCACUGAUGGCAGUAGAUUUAAUUCUCCUAAAUUGUUGCAUUUGGUAAUGCAGAGAGUCUGUAGCCAUGCACGACUGUCCUUCACUCCUGCUGCUUCCCAGAAAUCCYGGGAUUGAUCCAUACCGAGCUCCUGCACUUCCCUCAGCAUCAACGAGCCACUUGCYUUGGCUUUAGCUGCACAAUCCCAAUUCCUGCUCAGUCUGUGGAUGGAUGUAGUGCCCAGGACAGCUCUCCACAAGGAGCCCUGUGGCUCCUGGCUGUGUGUGACAAUAUCCGUGCUUCCUUCCCAUCCCUGAGGUUCAGAUCUUCCGCAUGUGCCAGCCUGGGCUGGACAUGGUGGGUAGUGAGGAGGAGUGCUGGCUUGCUCAGGGAUGAUUCCAUUUGAUCUCCAAGUGGGAUUGGGCAUUGAGGGACUCAGCCAMAGGGUGGUUUUUGUGCUGCCCAAAUCCCACAGUGAAAGCUUUUGCAUUACAGAAUUAAUUGAAAAUUAUAUAUGCAAAUAACUCGCUUUUAUUCCAUAGAUUCCAGUAUCUACAGUCAGUUUAAGCACUGGUUUUCCUUCCUGUCCAGCAGAGGAGCUUGGGCAGUGCUGAUAUUAUUUCCUGCCUAGUAACUUGUCACCUUGUUUGUACAGCAAUAACCCUGCAGUCCAGAGGGUCUUUGUGUUCCCAGAGCAUUGGCUGAUCAUCUAAAAGGUUGUUUGUUUGUAAAUUGGAGUUGUGGAAGUGGAGAUAAUCUCUUCCCUGUUCCUGUCUUCAGAUGAAGGACUGUGCAAAGUCACAGAGGCAGAGCUUGCCCUUGGUCUGGGUUACGUGGAAAUGGACGUUAUGGAGUCACUGCAGGUUGUGUCUCAUGUAACGGUGUGGGUUCGGAUUCAGUCCCUGUCUCUGGUGCUUUUUGUAUUGGGUUAUGUCAGGAAAAGGCCAGGAGAGGCAUCCAGUGUCCCUCAGGCAGCUCUGUCCCUGCCAAGGGCUCUCGCUGGCCAAGGGGGCCAUUGCCUGGACUCAGGGAUGCUGGAAUGUGCUGGUGGCGGUGUCAGUUGUGCUUCAAGAUUCUGUUCUGACUUCCAAACGGUUCUUAAUCCUCUACUUGAAUUCCUAUUAAACUCUCAAACCUGCUCUCCCCUGCGUUGUCUCCUUUUGUGGUCUCAUCUCUGUGACCUUCAGUGCAGGGAAUCGUGGGUGUUAGGGAUGCACUUUGGAAAG